UGACGGAGGUAAAAUUGGUUGUGUGUAAGUUUUCCACCACGAUGCAAGUUAUAUAAAUGUGUACGAUUGUGCUAUAGAACUUUCUGCUGAAACUAUGGCAAAGGCAGUGAUUUUAGGAGGAGGAAUAAGUGGUUUGUCAUCUGCCUUCUACGCAUUACAAGAAGGAACUCAUUCAAAGUUUUCUAAGGUGGUCCUGUUGGAAGCUUCUGAUAGAUUUGGUGGUUGGCUACAUUCAACAAAAUUUCAAGACAAUACUGUGUUUGAGCAUGGUCCUCGGAGCUUUCGUGCUACAACAAAUAACUCAAGUGUAAAUUCAGUGGAUCUUGCUUUACGGCUUGGUUUGCACAAGGAUAUCAUCGUUGCAUUGAAGGGAAGUGAAGUAGAUACUCGCUUUAUCUACAAGGAUCAGACCCUCCAUGAACUUCCAAAAAGUCUGAAGCCAGUAUUUAACGUGGUUCCACCUUUCACGAAAAGGUUGAUAUGGAGCUUUUGGCAAGAUAUAAUAACUGCCAAAGGAACGGAAGAUGAAAGUAUACACUCGUUUUUGACAAGGCGAUUUGGACAAGAGAUAGCAGAUUAUUUGGGUGACGCAUUUGUUAGAGGAAUUUAUGCAGGAGAUUCAAAGACGCUCAGCAUAAGAUCUACGUUGGUAGAUUUGUAUAAUUGGGAACAAAGGAAGAAUGGGUUUGGCCGUAUCUUUCAAGUUUCAGAGCCACCCAAUCCUUCACCUUUAUUAGAAUUCAUGAAAAAAUGGUCUGUUUGGUCACUAAGAGGGGGCUGUCAGCAAUUGCCCGAUACAUUGGUCGAACACCUGAGCAGACCACACAUGCCAGCAGAAUUACAUCUGAAUAGUCCUUGUACACAACUGACCUUCAAAGAUGGUGCAGCAUUGGUGACUAGUGAGGAAGGGGAGAUAACUGCAGACCACGUUUUCAGUUCUAUAUACGCUGCAGAUUUAGCUGACAUUUUGCCUGAAGAACACAGUGAAUUGGCAGAGGAACUAGAGGCGAUCCCUGCAGUGUCUGUUAUUGUUGUGAAUCUUGAGUAUCCAAUAGAAUCUCCAGUAAAGGGUUUUGGCCACCUACUACCGUCCUGUGAAGAUAGACCUAUACUGGGAGUGGUGUACGACUCGUGUACCUUUCCAGAACACGACUCAAACAUACCAGAUAAACCAGUUUCUAGAUUUACGGUGAUGAUGGGUGGAGCAUGGUAUGAUGAACUGGUAAAGGAGAGACUGGGUGGAUCAUUAGAUCCAAGCAGAGUUGCCAGACUAGCGACAGAAGUGAUAUCCAAGCAUCUAGGCAUCAUUGAAGCACCUGUGAAAAUUGACAUGAUGGUACACGCAGACUGCAUCCCCCAGUAUUUGGUCGGCCAUAAUGAACGUGUGGAGAGGAUUUUCAAGUACAUCAAGGACAACAAUUUACCUUUGAGUUUGGUGGGCUCCUCCUAUAAAGGAGUCAGUGUUAAUGACUGCAUAUACAAUGCCAAACUGCGAGUAGAGCACUUUACUGGUCCAAUACCUUUCAAAGCUCCAGAUAUACAAGAUGAGCAUUUUCUCUUUUAAACCAACCGUGGCUUCGGUCAGUGAACUCUUUUGUACACGUGUUCAGCAGUUGUCAUGACAACAGCUAUCAUCACAGCUGCUGAGUGGUUCAAGGGCCGAUGACCUUUUGAGUUAAUGAAUAAAUCAAAUCUAGUGAAUUUAAAAUCACUUGAAAUUCAUAACUCAAAUAUUUGUAGAGAGAUUCAUAAUGAAGUUUUCAGAUAUGAAGUUUUAUACAAAUUUGAUUUUGAACGUUUGUGUUUAAAACUCUUAAAGCUAAUCAGAGCAAGAAAUGGCCGAUCAAAGUGGUGUUAUUGAAGUCAUUUCCUGGGAAUAUCAUAAUGAUAUUGUAGUGUUGUAUAUAUCUUAACACCUUCACUCCUGAAGACACAUUUUAACUCUUCCAAUUCAAAGGUUGGAAUAGUUCAUUAUGAAAUUUCAGGGGUGAAUGAGUUGACUGCUAUGCCAAAAAACUAAAAAUUGAAAAUGUUUUUACCUUCAGGGAUUCUCAAAUGAAUAGUGUACAACCCAUAAGGAAAAUAUAUUGGUACAGAAGCUGCAAAAUAUAGAUUAUUGUUAUUUCCACUUGUUAAAUAAUUCAAUAUUUAUUAUCAUUAAAUUGAAAUGCAAAGGAUUUCUGAUUUGAUGAGCUAUGUCUGAAAGAUUUAUCCUGCAUGUCAGACAUGAAAAUCCUUAAAACAUUGGUUAAGAGCAGUCACAAUGUUCAGUAGAGUCAGUAUCCCAUAUAAGGACAGCAUGCCAACACCCAGGCCCUCUUCAUUCUAAAACAAAGAUUUAUUUUUCAAUCGCUUUAUUUGAAUCUGAACAGAAAAUCUACAG